AUGGAUUUCGGCGCUUCUUCGCCGCGUUCCACUUUCUCUUCUUCGACGGACGCUUCUCCCGAGCGACUGUCUCUGCCGCCUUUCUACAUCUUUUCUUUCCUCUCCCCCUUCGCUGCUUCUGCCUCUCUGCCUUCUCUCACAUCACCUCUCGGCGCCAGCGCAGUUCUCGCUGGAAAGGAAGUCGUCGACUGGAGCACUUGCCCCAUUUGCCUGCAGGUUCUCUGCCGCCCAGUCUGCGGUCCGUGCCAGCACGUCGCAUGCGGCGGCUGCUUCGUCGGAUCUCUCCAGUGGCGACAGAAAUGUCCCGUUUGCAACAGAGCGAUGAAAGCCAGCGACCUGGAAUGCAUGCGGUCUCCUGACGCUUCGAACGGUCGCUCUGAGGCAACCUCUCGCGAGGAGCAGUCUUCUUCAUCUUCUCAGCCCCCCUCUUCUUUGUCUGCUCCUGAUCCCUCUUCUUCUCUCGCCUCUCCCUCUCGCCGGCCUUCCGAUCGCUCGGCUCCGCCGUUAGCCGGUGCCGCGGAUGUCGGACCGCCUCCGACCGCCACGGCUGCUGUUUGUGCUCAACCGCCUCGGCAGGGAAGUCUGGGGACGAACCCCGCGGCCGCGACGACUGCGGCUGCAGCUGCGGCGGCUGUGUCGGCUGCGGCCGCUGCGACGGUCACGGCGACUCUCGCUGGAGGGACAGACGCGGCUGUCAAUGCAGCAGGAGAUGUGAAGGACGGGGUGUCCGCUGCAGCCGCAGUCAUUAGCGCAGUUCUGUCAUCUGACGAACUCGAAGCCGGAGAAGAGGAAGUCCCCCGAGAAGCGAGAGCAGCGAGAGCAGCGACAGCGAGGUUGGCUGGCACGCAAGGCGAAGGAGGAGAGAGAGAGGAUCCACAGAGUGCGGCGUUCGGAGGCGACGGAACAGAUGAAAACGCGAUGAUUGCUCGAGUUCAGAAGCUUUUGGAGGAAGAGAGGCGCCGGGAGCUGGCGAAGAAGACAGAGGAGACACGGGGACAGGGCAAUGGAGACAGGGCCUCAGAGACAGAACCACCGGGUUUAGAAAGCCGCGAAGAGCAAAUCAUACGAAUGUGUGAUUCCUAUUACGAACGCGUCCUCGCUGCACGAGACGGACGCAAAAGUGAAGUUUCUUCUUCAUUUUCUUCUUCUGCUCUUGGGUCGUCUUUCGCCUCUGCUGUCAGUGUCACGUCGACCCUGUACUGGCGACUGCUUCUGCGCUGCGACCUAUGUGGAGAAGUUGUGGCGAUGCACAGAUACGACGCGCACCGCCGCUCUUCGUGUGCAUAUCGCCGCUGUCGAUUCUUUCCAUUCGGAUGCGAAUUCGUCGCCAAAGUCGAGGGCUCCGUCGCUCCCUUGGUCGCCACCUCUUCUCUCCCCGUUUCGGCUAUUGCCGCGCCCUCUUCUCUGUUUGCCUCCGCGGUCGCCCCCGCCUCAACUGCCUCUUCUGAGCCUCCGUCGCGAAACGCUCUCCAGCUGCGAGUCCAUGAGCACCGGUGUCCGUAUCGUUUAGUGAAAUGCCCCUGCUGCUGGAAGUACAGCACGGAGCGCAGCAGCUCGGUCCUCGUGCCUCUCACCCAACUGGCCAAGUUGCAGGCCUCGCGCGCCCCGGUGCCGCCGCGGCAGCCGAGCGGGCCUUCGUCGCCAUUCGACAGCCACGAACGAGGCGACUCGGAGGAGCCUCGUCUGGCGAGUCAGGGAAGUCAAAAGAAAGAAGAGGAAACAAGGGAAGAAGGCGCGAGAGAAGAAGAAGCACGGGAAGUCAGCGGUAACUUGCCAGAUGUGCAUGCCGAGAGUCGGGAGGGCGACGGCCGCGAGUUUGGAGGCGUUUUACCCAGCAGCCACGCGACGCGAGAAGGCCGAGAGACGCCUUCCCAGGAAGAACUUGUGCAUCUCCUCAUUCUGCAGCAACAAGAUCUCCCGCGAGACGACGACGCGGACAGACGCUGGUUUUCUGUCCAGCGGGACCCGUCGUCGCUCUUCUCCUCUGCAGAAGUAGAGGACGUCGACCUCACCGAACCUGUCGGACGCGUUGUCUUUGAGGACCUACAAGGCGCCAUGGAUUACCUCUUGGACACAGAAGAAGACAUCGAGAACCGCAUCGAACGCUACGGGAUGGAGCCGAAAGCCUUCAUGAGCGAGCAAGAUCGCCUCCUCGUUUGCUCUCCGGACUGCAUUGUGAAGGAGCCUCAGAGGCUGCGCGUUGAGCUGCAUGAAGCUCUUGCUCUUUUAGGCGUCACCUGGGCUGUGGGCUUUCCUCUAGCGUUUCUUCUCGGCGCAGCUUCGUCAUUUUGGGGUCAGAAGACUGCGGCUUUCUUGGACAUUGCAGUUCCCUACUUCUUCUCCAUCGUCUCUGGCUGGUUGACAGGUUUCCUCCGACAGCGGCCUGCAGCAGGAUUCUCUCUGCAGAACGAGUAG